ACUUUGAUAAACAUGGUUUACUGCGUGCUGAUACUAGUAGGCAAGUCCAUUCAAAAACUAGUCUUCGGUGAUCUACGAGUUUCUGAGAGGCAACAUCUCAAGGACAAAUUCUGGAACUUCGUAUUUUACAAGUUCAUAUUCGUUUUUGGAGUGCUCAAUGUACAAUACAUGGACGAGGUUAUACUUUGGUGUGCAUGGUUCACAGCACUUGGAUUUUUGAGUCUACUUAGUCAACUCUCUAAGGAUCGAUUCGAAUACUUAUCCUUUUCUCCAACUACCCCAGGAUGGAGUCAUGCUCGACUCUUUGGACUUUUGACAGGAAUCCUAGCGUUAUCUACAUUCAUGCUCCUGUUGUGCACUGCAGCGGUUUUCUUUUUAGUGUCCUUUAAUACUUUCGCUUUCAUGGCGGCUGAGUGCAUACUAUUGGCCGUCCGUACGAUUCACGUGAUGUUGCGAUAUGUAAUUCAUCUGUACGACACACGUGGUGCCGGUACGUCUUCCCAACGUUCAUGGGAUAAACGCGGACCUUUGACCUAUUACACGGAUUUGACAUCAGAACUGACCGCUUUGGCCGUUGACUUCUUUCAUCACAUUCAUAUGUUACUUUGGAGCAACAUUUUCCUUAGUAUGGCAUCACUGGUUAUAUGUAUGCAACUACGUUAUCUAUUUUACGAGAUCCAACGAAGAAUCACCAAACACAGGAAUUAUUUGGCUGUACUAAGCCAUAUGGAACAAAAUUAUCCAAUGGCAUCGCAAGACGAAUUGGCAGAAAAUUCAGAUAACUGUGCCAUUUGUUGGGAGAAAAUGGAGUCGGCACGUAAGUUACCAUGCGCACAUUUGUUUCACAACUCUUGUUUGCAGUCUUGGUUGGAACAGGACACGUCCUGUCCUACGUGUAGAUUGGCACUCAGUAUGCAAGGCAAUCAUAGAGAGAGUACACCCGAAUUACCAUUGGAACCGCAGACACCAACAAGAAGAAACGACAAUCAUUUCUUUCAUUUCGACGGAUCCCGAUAUGUUUCUUGGUUACCAAGUUUCUCUGUUGAGGUUUCGCAUAGUCGAUUACGUGGUAAUAUUUUCACGUCGGCUCAUACCAAUUCUCAAAUGGAUGCAAUGGCCAGACAGGUACAACAGCUCUUUCCACAUUAUCCACGGAACGUGAUAUUGGAGGAUCUGAGAAUUACACGAUCGGUUGAAUGGACCGUCGAAAAUAUACUCGACGGUGUGUUGACUUUACCUCAUCACUUGAUCGAGGAACCGCAAGCCGAAUUUGUUCCGCAAACGCAAACGCAAACGUCCACGGUACAUAUUCUGCCAACUUCGUCGAUUCAAAAUACGUCAGAUCCAAGGCUUGACAUACCCGUUGCUGAUAGCGGUGAGGAACCAUCAAAUCUCGGUGGACGUUUCUCUAAAUCAUCGAUCGAGAGAGAACGCAUUCUACAACGUCGAAAGGAACAUAUGCGUUUGACAGCACGUAGAAGAUAUCUUGAAAAAUAUCGAAAGUCGGAGGGCGAAUCAACUACGUUAUCGUCAUCGUUAUCAUCGUCAUCAUCGUCGUCAACAUCGUCGCCGUUGUCAUCAUCGUCAUUAUCAUCAUCAUUAUCAUCAUCGUCGUCGUCGUCGUCGGCAACUACAACGACGACAACUAUGACUACGACGACAAGUUUGGAAAGGGAGAACAACUUAGUGAUUGCCGAAACGAUGUCUUAGAGAAUAUCUAGAGAGAGGGCAAACAAACCUAAACGGAUUUAUCUCUUUGGAAGCAAAUCAAAGUACGGAGAUUUAUAUUAGCUAAAAGCUAAACUCUCCGCAAGAAGAAGAUUAUGAGGAAGAAGUUAAAGGAAGAGGUAGAAGAAGAGGAAGAGGAAGAGGAAGGGGAAGAGGAAGAGGAAGAAGAAGAGGAAGAGGAAAUGGAAUAAGAAGGAGAAGGAGAAGGAGAA